AUGUGGAAUCUAGUGCACACAGCUGAGAUGAAACAGGAUUUCCACCAUGACAUUCUGAGCUGCGAAUACCAAGAGGAACUGGACUCGGUGCUCAAGGAAGAAGAGGAGCUGAUGAAAAGAGCUGCAACGAAAGCCGCCGCCGACCAACUGGAAGAAUGGAAAGCUCGUGCUGAAGCCGAGGACAAGAUCAAUAUCAAAACCAAGGGGACCAAAAAACAUUGCACGGGCAAGCGGCGCGCCAGCAUCUCUGUCAGCUCUGUGCCCUAUGUUACCCUCCCCGGAUACAUUAACAGCCACGAGCGCCGGCCGCUCUCCUAUCGCGUUAAGAAGGACAACAGUGUAUCCAAGACGAAAUACCUGGAAAUCAAGUCUCUGGCCGAGAGACUGUUCGCCACUGCCCCUGACAGACUCCACUGCCUCAAAGCCCUAGACUCGGACUGGGGCUCCUGGGGAAAGAAGAAGAAUGAUGCAGCGGUCAAGCUUGUCCGCAGUAUCUGA